ACCAUUAUCCAUUCGGAAAGUAGCAGCUUCAUGUCGCGCUUUAAAAGUUGGUGACACGGUUGAACUUGCCGGUAUAGAGAAUGUGAGAUACUAAAACUUUCUUGUAAAACCAGCUGGACACACAGCAGUCAUCUACUGAUCAUUUAAUCCUGUUGAACGGUUUCUUAUAGCCCAAAGAGAAAAUGGCCUUUUCUACCAGUGCUAAGAUGAAUAAAGCUGUGAAGCAGGAGUACAUGGCCCUGCCACAGGGAGACAAAGUGCAGGCCAUGUACAUCUGGAUUGAUGGGACAGGAGAGGGACUCCGGUGCAAGACCAGGACUCUGGACUCAGAACCCAAGUCAAUUGAAGAACUCCCAGAGUGGAAUUUUGAUGGCUCCAGUACAUACCAGGCUGAGGGAUCGAAUAGUGACAUGUACCUCAUACCAAAGACCAUGUUUAGAGAUCCAUUCAGGAAGGACCCCAACAAGCUGAUCCUUUGUGAGGUUCUCAAAUACAACAGAAAACCUGCAGAAACUAACCUUCGUCAUACGUGUGAAAAAAUCAUGAAGAUGGCGGAAAACCAGCAUCCAUGGUUUGGAAUGGAACAGGAAUACACACUCCUUGCCAUGGACGGUCAUCCUUUUGGCUGGCCCACAAAUGGUUACCCUGGACCACAAGGUCCUUAUUACUGUGGUGUGGGAGCAGAUAAGGCCUUUGGCAGAGACAUUGUUGAGGCCCAUUACAGAGCAUGUCUGUAUGCUGGAGUUCUGAUUUGUGGCACCAAUGCAGAAGUCAUGCCUUCUCAGUGGGAAUACCAAGUGGGUCCUUGUGAAGGCAUUGACAUGGGUGACCACCUGUGGAUAUCUCGUUUUAUCAUGCACAGGGUGUGUGAAGACUUUGGAGUUGUGGUCUCCUUUGACCCCAAACCCAUGACAGGCAACUGGAAUGGUGCUGGCUGCCACACCAACUUCAGCACUAAGGAAAUGCGAGAGGAUGGAGGCCUCAGGUAUAUUGAGGAGGCUAUUGAGCGGCUGGGCAAGAGACAUCCCUACCACAUUCGUGUCUACGACCCUAAAGGAGGACUUGACAAUGCUAGGCGUCUUACUGGUCGCCAUGAAACAUCCAGCAUCCACGAUUUCUCAGCUGGCGUGGCAAACCGUGGUGCUAGUAUCCGAAUCCCAAGAGCCGUGGGACAGGAGAAGCGAGGUUAUUUUGAGGAUCGCCGUCCCGCAGCCAACUGCGACCCAUAUGCCGUGACGGAAGCAAUCAUUCGCACGUGUCUACUUAAUGAGGAAGAGGAUGUGCCCAAAGAGUACAAAUGAACUGAAAAGAACUCCCAUGUGUCUUCUUUUAAAUAAGUGGUUUUGGGUAACAUAAUUUUUUUAUUUUUUUAAGUGCUGUAGUUUUAUUGGAAUCUUGUACACACUUGACUGGUCAGUCUGCUACAAGAACAUAGGUGGAGCUUCUUGGGGAAAGUUAACAGUUUUUUUCUUCUAAAUAAAAUAUAUAAAAAUCUCAUUGUUUCAGUAUCAACACACCUCUUUACAAAUUGUAACAGGCUUUAUUCUGGAUGCUGGUUGUCUAGUGAGAUUAUGGGAGAGUGAUUCAUGAAAUAUUCCUUUUCCACUAAUGUGAAAUUAGUUUUUUUGUCACUUUCUAUUUUUUGCGUAAAUAUGGUUUUAUAUUCAUUUAUAACCAUGUUUUGUUCUUGUCAAGUUUUGAGUACUGAUCACAAAUUUCUAUUUUUAUUUCCUUAAAAAAGCAAGUGUACACCUAUUAAUGGCUUUUGUGUUCUUAGUGUAUCAUUUUAUGCCAAAGAUUUAACAGGUACAUUAAAAACAUGGUAUUUUCUGAUA